CAGAACUCCCGCGCUAUCCAGCCGCCGGGUCUCGUCUCCCCCGGUCUCUGCCCGCGGCAUGGAGAGGGUCUCGGUGGCCGCGGGGAGCGCGGGCGCCGCCAAGGGCGAGGGAGCUGCAGCCAUGCCGCCCCCGCCUGCGGUCUCCCCGCCUGCUCUCACCCCGGCACCCGCAGCGGGUGAGGAGGGCCCGCCGCCUUUGCCCGAGGCGGGGGCUCCAGGCUGCUCGGGCUCCCGGCCCCCAGAGUUGGAGCCCGAGCGCAGCCUGGGCCGCAUGAGGGGCCGCUUCGAGGACGAGGACGACGAGUUGGAAGAGGAUGAGGAGCUGGAGGAGGAAGAGGAGGAGGAGGAGGAAGAGAUGAGCCACUUCUCGCUGAGGCUGGAGGGGGGUCGGCCGGACUCGGAGGACGAGGAGGAGCGCCUGAUUAAUCUCUCUGAGCUGACACCAUACAUCUUGUGUUCCAUUUGCAAAGGUUACUUAAUAGAUGCAACUACCAUUACGGAAUGUCUUCAUACGUUUUGUAAAAGCUGCAUUGUAAGACAUUUUUACUAUAGCAACCGAUGUCCAAAAUGCAACAUAGUAGUACAUCAGACACAACCUCUUUAUAACAUAAGGUUGGACCGACAAUUACAAGACAUAGUGUACAAAUUAGUGAUCAAUCUAGAGGAAAGAGAAAAAAAGCAAAUGCAUGAUUUCUAUAAAGAAAGAGGUCUAGAAGUACCUAAACCUGCUGUUCCUCAGCCAGUCCCUUCGAGCAAAGGAAGAUCUAAGAAAGUCUUAGAAUCAGUGUUUCGUAUUCCACCUGAACUUGAUAUGUCUUUAUUACUAGAGUUCAUUGGUGCUAAUGAAGGCACGGGACAUUUUAAGCCCUUGGAGAAGAAGUUUGUCCGAGUUUCAGGAGAAGCAACUAUUGGGCAUGUAGAAAAAUUCCUCAGAAGAAAAAUGGGUCUUGAUCCAGCUUGUCAGGUAGAUAUCAUCUGUGGUGAUCACUUGUUGGAGCAGUAUCAAACUCUAAGGGAAAUUCGACGUGCUAUUGGUGAUGCAGCAAUGCAGGAUGGUCUGCUGGUCCUUCAUUAUGGUCUUGUAGUUUCUCCCUUAAAAAUUACUUGAAGAUUCUAGAAGCAUUAGGAGGAGGGAAACAAAAUAAGGAGGCUUCUGCAGGAUUGCAUUUCACCAAAGAUUUCCACAAAACAUGUAAUUGCUACCACUUUGUGCUGUUUGAGACAUAACUAUCUAUUUUCAGCACCAAGAGUCAUAGCAUUUAUAAGUACAAUUUGGAAUGACAGAAUGCAUCUGUUUUACUAGAGACUAUACGUAAAAAAAGCAUCCAUAGCUCAGGGGGAAAUUUUCAAAGCAUUAAAUUUUUAAAUUCUUUGUGAUUUCAAAUACUUUGACAUUGAUUUUGCUUCCUAAUCUUUGAGGUAAAUUGGUUACUGUUUUCUUCUUUGUUGAGCCAUAUUCCUUUCAAGUUGGUGGUUAGGAUUCUGCUCUCUGGAAUGGUGCCAGUUGGGCAGUCAUCCUUUUGAACUGAAGACUCAAAGCCAGUCUUUGCUAAACUACAGAGUGUACCUCUCAGACAAAGACCAAAACUAUUGACCAGUUUUGUAUGUUGCCAUCAUAUUUUGAACUUGUAUCUUUCAUUUGCCAGCAAUACUACUACAGAGAUGACAUUUACUUCUAAAAGGGAUGAAUUAUCAUUCUGUGUGAAGAGACUCUCCUGCAGGGUUGAUGGCCUGUACCAUAAGCCUUCAGUGUGCUAAAGACUUCUUUAACAGAUCUUACAACAAGGGGUGCCUCUUUGAAACAUUAUUUUUUUCUUUGAAUGUUAAUUUGAUUAACAUUCAUUUUAUUUGAGUACGUAGUUUGGUUGUCAAUACCUUGUAAUGCCACUGCUUCUGAAAGUAAUAAAGAAACUUGAGUGAA